AUGUCUAUUCCUACUAUUGCUAACAGCACAGCUCAAGUUGUAGUUAAAUAUGAACCGAAAACCAGUGAAUCUGAAACAAUAAAGUCUGAUGAAACAAAAUCAUCAAGCUCUGAUUCAAAACUAAACAUCAAUCUUGAUUCAAGUAAAUCAAAUGAUGAUUCAGAAAAGCAAUCUCCUAAAUCCCUUGCAAGAGGAAUUCAAUCAUGGCACGUAACUUUGAUUUCAUUAGGUGGCAUCAUUGGAUCAUGCUAUUUCCUUGGUCUUGGAUUAACAUUCAGCGAAAUGGGAGCUCUUCCUGUGUUAAUUGGAUACUUAAUUGCAGGAAUUACAGUUUUUGGAGUUAUGCAGUCAUUCUCCGAAUUACUCGUUAACUUACCUCGCCAUGGAUCAUUCGUGGCUUAUAAUAAAGAGUUCUUAGGAAACAUGUUAAGUUGCGGCAUUGGAUGGUCAUUCUGGAUCAAUUGGGUAGUUUACGUCCCAUCAGAAUGUCUUGCAUUUGCAACUUAUAUGAACACAUACUAUACAAUCCCGUUUAAGAAUACUGCUUGGAGCGAUUUCGUUUGGGGAGCAGUAUGCUUAGUUCUAUUGACAGUAAUCAAUCUCUUUAAAGUCACUUGGUUUGGUCAUGUUGAAAGCGCUAUGGCAAUUGCAAAGAUUGCUAUUAUUGCCCUAUUUGUAGUUAUUGCUUUCUUCAUUUGGGUAGGAGUGAUCGGAAAGAAGGUCCAUCCUUUCACAGAGAAUGAAGUUGGAUUUAUUGGCGGCAGGAUUAUUGCUCAAGGUGAAGGAUCAUUAGCUCAUAGAUUAUUCCCAAACGGUGUUGCAAUAAUUGUGACAUAUAUGAUCUUUGUACUUGUCAACUUCCAAGGAUCCGAAAUUGUUGGCCUCUCAGCAGCUGAAACGGAAAAUCCUCAGAAGAAUAUUCCAGCUGCAUGCAAGAAAGUGGCAACAAGAAUUAUUUUAAUUUAUCUCAUACCAAUUCUUGCCUUGAUUCUUAUUGUUCCAUAUGAAAAGGCGUCACUUGACGAAUCAAUUUUUGCAUAUGCCCUAUCAUCUUAUGGAUUAAAGUGGGCUGGCCAAUUAUUUACCUUUGUUACACUUAUUGCUGCUUUCUCAUGUGCCAACUCUGGACUUUAUGGUACUGUUAGAUGUAUUUACGGCUUAAGCAAGGAAGGUUUAGCUCCCCAAUGGCUUUCCAACCUUAAUAAGAACUCAUUGCCACUUAACGCAACAAUAUUUACCUUAGUCUUCAUUUGGAUUGUUUUCAUCUUUGGGUUCUCAUCCCAAUCUCUUGGCUUGUUCGGAAAGAGCGGAAUGUCAUUCUACGGAUCCCUACUUGGUAUCAGUGGUUUCACAGGAACACUUAUGUGGGUCGGAAUAAUUAUUUCCCAAAUUAUUUUCCGAUUCAAGCUAAAAAAGCGCGGCUAUACAAUUGAGAAAGACCUCAUUUCAAAAGCCUUCCUUUACCCUUAUCUCCAUAUCUUUUCAGUUGUUGUUCAAGUCGCAGCGAUGAUUUGCUUGAUUUUCUCUACAGGAGGCUGGAUUAUUUUCGUGAUUUCAGCAGCUGUUUUUGUUAUAGCCAUUAUAAUCUAUUUUAUCUUGGAUAAGCUCGGCAAGAUCAAUCACCAAAUCGAAUAUGCCGAAGAAGAAAUCCUUUUCGACAAGAAAUAUCCUCCAAUACUUGACCAUAAUGCGAAUGACGAGGUUGAUGAAUAUGAUGACAUUGCAAUGGCAACAGAACUAUAA